AUGACGAGAAAAUUAGUAGAGGAAUACAAGAAAUGGGGCCUCGAAGUGAACGUUAAAAAGACGGAAUCUAUGUGUAUUGGAGGGACACCACAGAACAUCACAUUAGAGGAUGGAACACAAAUUUCUCAUUGCACCGAAUAUAGAUACCUUGGUAUGAAGCUGACGCAUGAUGGGACACUGGACGCUGCUAUAAAGGACAGAAAUGUUCAAGGGAGAAAGGCGAUAUCCAUGAUGAAUGGCAUCCUGUGGGAUCAAUCAAUAUCCAAAAGCAACAAACAUCGCAUAUACAAUACCAUACUAAAGAGCAUAGUGACUUAUGGAAGCGAGGUCUGGCAAAUGAAACAAAGAUCUGAAAAGAUGUUGCUGGCAACAGAAAUGGAUUUCUGGCAACGAUCUGCGGGCAUAUCUAGAAGGGAUCGUGUGCGAAAUGAAAGAGUUCGAGAGAUAAUGGGAUCAAAACAUACCAUAACUGAUGACAUAAAGACGAAGCAAUUGAUAUGGUAUGGCCACGUACAGAGGAUGCCUGAUAACAGAUUACCCAAACAGAUUUUAACAUGGACGCCACGAGGCAGAAGGAGAAGAGGUCGACCAAGGAAGAGCUGGAGAGAGGGGAUCGAGAAGGAAAUGGAGGAAAGAGAGCUCCCCGAAAACCUAUGGUUGAAUAGAGAGGAAUGGCGGUUAGGAGUCGGAAAGCGUCGGAGAACGCUCUAA